AUGAGCAACUACCCCAAACCAACCGACACCACCGGCGUCGGCAUCGCCCACGGCUCCUCAACCGGGGCACCCGGCGCACCCACCGGGGUGCAAGAUACGCGAGCGCAGUACGAUCCCACAUCGACGGGGUACAACUCUGCAACAGGUGCAGGAUACUCGACCUCGUCCGCAGGCGGGCCACAUCACCACCACCACGAACCAGCCUCGCCAUCAAACAGCUAUGACCUCACCGCGAGGCAGGAUGAUCGCAUCCAGCAUGCGCCGAGCACGGCACAGCGAGCGAAGAUGGAGGACCAGGCACAAGGCGAAACAAAGGGUGACAAAGUCUCGGGGCUCGGGUCGCGGGCCUCUCAGGCGAGCGAGGAUGUUGGGCGCGGAGCAAAGGGUGCUGCGGCUGGGAUCCACGGCGCGGGUGAAUCGCUGCGUGGGGCGCUGAAUGCUGCAGUGGAUCGGGCAUUUGGGUCUAACGAGGGCGCGGAGCGCAACCAGGAGAUUGCGCGUAAGGGUGAGCAGGAGAUACAGACGGGGCAGUUUUCAUCGGGUCGGUAA